AUGCACCGCGCCGCCCUCCGCGUGCCCCUUCGCAACGCCGCCUCCUCCCACCGGCGGGGCUUCGUCUCCACCGUUCUUCUUACCAAGGCUUGGGAGAAUGAGACUGUCGCCGAGCUUAAGAAGGAGGCGAAAAACAGGGGGCUGUCUCCUUCUGGGAAUAAGGCCACUCUGGUCACUCGGCUGAAGCAGUACGACUACCGAAGUGUGAUGGCCUCGGAGCCUUCCCCUUCCCCGAUGUCGUCUCAAGUUCGCUAUGCCUCUGCCGCAGGACCUCUCGAAACACCCACCGAGUUCACAAUGGACAUCAAGAUCCCCGACACUGCCGUUCCGGAGCCUGAGAUUCCUAUGCAGAUUCCUCUUCUCCCUGACUCGUGGAAUUCUCACAAUCUCAACGACUCGUCAAGCCUUCCUUCAACGCCUUCUAGCGAUCCCAAAGUCGUUGUUGUCGGCGGUGCGGAGACCCAUCCUGGCGGUGGACCGACGCACAACGUCUACGUUCCCUCUUCCACGGUCUCGUCUCCGUCAACUCCUCCGCCAACAUUCGAUGCUCAGCUGCUCAGGCAGCCCUCGACGCAGCUUGGUCACGUCAUGGCGGGUAUGGCGGAGGACCUUGGUGUCCCGAGAAGCAUCAAGCUUCCUUCGAUCAAAAUCGAGCUGGGCGGUGCUCCUUCCGGCCCAAACUCCUCUCGCCCCUUGAACAGCGACGAGCAGAGAGGCGCAUGGUCUCUGCUCGCAUUGCUCGCUGGUUCUUGGGUCGCCGGCGGGAUUUUCGCGCCGUCGGCUGAGUAUGCGCACGAGGAUGCGCACGGCCAUUAG